CCCCGGUGUCCCCGACCGGACCAGUCGCGCCCGGGCAACCCCAUCCGCCUCUCCCGGAGGGGCAGGUCUGAGUCUGCUCGGAGUCACAGCGUGGGGCUGUGUCCUCACCGUGUCCCCGCCGUGUUCCCUGCGGAUGGAGUACUCCAUGGGGCUGGGGGGAGCGGGACAGCCCGGCGGUGCCCCACCCGGGACCAGUGUCACCCCGGAAAGGGACCCACACGGAACCCCGACCUCGUGGGGACACGGCUGUGGGUGGAGCAGAACUGGGGUGUUUGGGAUCUGUCUCCACUGGCACCCGCAAGUGUGAUGCCACCCAUCGCUGGAUGGGAACGCAGCACCCCAAUGGGUGGUGCUGUUUGGGGGUGUGCUUCAAGCCAGCUGCACCAGUGUCUGCGUGGCAAGGAAGGGGUUAAGGCACGCUGCGAGGUAUCGGGGUGUCCCCAACCAGGGGUACAACCGGGCAGCUCCUCGUACCGGUGACCUCACGGCACUGCCAUAGCAACGCCGCAUGAAAUCACCGGCACCAACGUGAGCAUCCAGCCCGGCACCCCGCUGUCACCACGCACCGUGUCCCCCCAGGAUGAGCUGUGCCCACGUGUGACCCCGCCACCAUGCUGGUCAAGGAGUACCGCAUCUGCAUGCCACUCACCACCGAGGAGUACCGCGUGGGGCAGCUGUACACCAUCAGCAAGCACAGCCACCAGGAGAGUGAGAAGGGUGAGGGUGUGGAGGUGGUGCGGAACGAACCCCACGAGGACCCUGUGCACGGCCCUGGGCAGUUCACCGAGAAGCGUGUCCACCUCUCCAGCAAGCUGCCCAGCUGGGCACGGGCAGUGACUCCCCGCAUCUUCUACAUCACGGAGAAGGCCUGGAACUACUACCCCUACACCAUCACUGAGUACACAUGCUCCUUCCUGCCCAAGUUCUCCAUCUACAUUGAGACCAAGUAUGAGGACAACUGCGGGGAUAGCGAGAACAUCUUCCACGGCGAUAAAAUCCUGGGUGACCACGAGGUCUCCUUCCUGGACAUCGCCUUUGACGAGAUCCCCGAGCGCUACUACCGUAGCCUGGAGGACCCCCGGUUCUUCAGCUCGGCCAAGACGGGCCGGGGGCCGCUGCGGGAGGGCUGGCGCCAGCACACCAAACCCAUCAUGUGUUCCUACAAGCUGGUGACCGUCAAGUUCGAGGUGUGGGGGCUGCAGACACGGGUGGAACAGUUUGUGCACAAGGUGAUCCGGGACAUCCUGCUGAUAGGGCACCGGCAAGCCUUCACCUGGGUGGAUGAGUGGUGCGGCAUGACGAUGGAGGAGGUGCGGCGGUACGAGCGGGAGACGCAGGAGGCCACCAACGAGAUCAUCGGCCUGGUGGCCCCCACC